UUAAAAACGGAAAGAUGAACACUUUUGCUUGGCAGUGCCAAGCUCUCCUGCUGCUCAGCUCGCUGUUGCUGGGCUUUCUUUCUGUGGACGUCGGAGCUCAGGAGCCCGUUGAUGUGGAUAGUUCAGUGGAUCGUCCCGCAGAUGCUGAAGUUGAUCGCACAGCACGUCAGACUACAGUUCAGAAUACCAAUGUAAAUGCAAUCGGUGGAUGUCCUUUCAGUAACUGCGGUGGUUCUUCCGGAGGUGGUUCUUCCGGAGGUGGAUCUUCCGGAGGUGGCUCUUCAGGAGGUGGCUCCUCAGGUGGUGGAUCCUCUGGAGGAAGCGGCUCUUCAGGUGGCGGAGGCGGCUUCGGUGGAGGUGGCGGCGGCUUCGGAGGAGGCGUCGGUGGUGGCGGCGGACUUGGACUGGGCCUUGGACUGGGUCUUGGACUGGGUUAGACAGUUGCCACGUCAAAACUUAAAGCAGAAACAAAGAUACUAUGCUGUAAAAAAUGAAACAUUAGCAAAGGAAAUACGGGUUAAGGUUUUGGGAUUAGAGGUUUUAGGAUAAGGGAUAUGGAAUUCGACAUAUUACGAAUGUGCUUUAAGACAUGAAGAUAUUAAAAUAUUAUUACUUUCGA